UGUAGGCAAGACAUCGUUAAUGAAUCAAUAUGUCAAUAAGAAAUUCAGCAAUCAAUAUAAAGCUACCAUCGGCGCUGAUUUUUUGACCAAAGAGGUCAUGGUUGAUGAUCGCCUUGUGACGAUGCAGAUUUGGGAUACUGCGGGUCAAGAACGUUUUCAGUCACUGGGAGUUGCCUUCUAUCGUGGAGCCGAUUGUUGUGUCCUUAUGUUCGACGUUAACAAUGCCAAAAGUUUUGAAACGUUGGACAGUUGGAGGGACGAAUUUCUAAUUCAGGCCUCUCCACGAGACUCUGAAAAUUUCCCUUUUGUGGUCCUGGGUAAUAAAAUUGAUCUGGAAGAAUCAAAAAGAAUGGUAUUUUAUGAUCUUAAUUCGUUGGAUAUCAACAUUAAAGUUUCUCAAAAACGUGCUAUGACUUGGUGUCAAUCCAAAGGAAGCACACCUUAUUUUGAAACAAGCGCAAAGGAGGCCAUUAAUGUGGAACAGGCAUUCCAAACCAUAGCUAAAAAUGCUUUACAACAGGAGACUGAAGAUAUCCU